UCUGGAAAAUAUUAAUGGCUUUUCUGAUACGUUAGUAUUUUUAUAGUAAAACAAACUUACGAUUCUAAAGUUGCAUAUUACAAAACUGAUAGCAGAGUGUUGAGAGUUAACACGAUUCAAAAAUGAGAGAAAUUAUUAUUUUUGGCAUAUUCUUAUUAUUUUACGUGGAGAUCGCUAAUAAUGCCAAAUCGGGAAAGACGAAAUCAUGGAAGGACAAGGAUAUACGUGAUAUGACCGACGCAGAUUUAGAGCAUUUGUUAGACCAGUGGGAGGAAAAUGAUGAGCCCUUAGAACCAGAUGAAUUACCAGAACAUCUCAGACCAAGUCCAAAAAUUGAUAUAUCAAAGUUAGAUAUGUCAAAUCCUGACAAUGUACUCAAAAUGACUAAGAGAGGUAAAGGUGUCAUGAUGUUUGUUGAUACUAAUGAAGACCUUUCAGCUGAUGCAGCAGAUGUUAUAAUGAAGAUCUGGCAGACUAGCCUGCAGAAUAAUCAUAUUAUUGCUGAGAGGUAUCCAACUGAUCCAAAAAGAUCAGUGUUCCUGUUUCGUGAAGGAUCACAGGCAGUAGAUGCAAAAAAUUUUUUAUUGCAACAACCAGAAUUGUCUCAUGUUAUCCUUGAAGGACAAACCUAUUACAGAGAUCCAAGAAAACAGAGUGCAACCAUGGAAAAACAGAAAAAAAAUGAUGAAAAUAUGGUAAAUGAGAAAACAAAGAAAGUGGAGCUAUAA